CACAAAAAUGCGGUGAACGUGGAUCGAACACGUGACCUUCAGAUCUUCAGUCUGACGCUCUCCCAACUGAGCUAUCCCCGCCUGUUGACAUUCUACGCCUUAAUAAUUCUAUAUAUUAAUAUCCGAUUCUAAUAAUUGAGCUAAAUUUUCGUGUUUUGCACGUCUCCUCCUUAUCUUUAAAGUCGGAAGAAAUCAUCCAUGUUCGGCACCGAUCGAUCGUGAAGCAGAGAGAGAAAUGGGGAAGACUUUCAAAGAAGAAUUUUCACAUGAUGAGAGACUCACAGAAUCACAGGAUAUAAUCGCCAAAUAUCCCGAUCGAGUGCCGGUGGUGGCUGAAAGAUAUUCAAAAACUGACCUCCCUGAAAUGGAAAAGAAGAAAUACCUGGUACCCCGUGAUAUGUCUGUUGGGCAAUUUAUCCACAUUCUGAGUGGCAGGCUGCACCUGGCUCCUGGGAAAGCUCUCUUCAUAUUUGUGAAUAACACGUUGCCUCAAACAACAAGCUUGAUUGAGACCGUGUAUGAGUCUUCCAAGGAUGAAGAUGGGUUCCUCUACAUGUGCUACAGCAGUGAGAAAACAUUUGGUCACUCUUAGAAUGUGUACAUUGAGAACUGAAAUAAUUGUAUGGUAUCUGUGUAUAGCAUGUCUGGCAUGCAUGGUUGUUCAUCCUGUAAAUUCUUGCACUGGAAUGUCUAUACUGUCAUCUGUAUUCACGAAGGAAAUUCAACUGUUAAAUCUCUUGGAUUUCA